AUGACAGCUGCGACGCCAGAAAAAGCACCCGUCGAACAGGUCGUCGGGGUCGACGCCCUCGCCGUCGCGCCCCUCGACCACGCCGAGGACGGCACCGCCAACAAAAAAGUCACCCUCGUGCAGGGCUCCGAACGAUGGGCGCAGGCCGCCGCCGCCGCGCCGCCCUCGGCGCUCUCCAAGAACAUGCUCUUCGUGUACCUCAUGUGCGUCGCGCCCUUUCUCUGCGGCAGCAUGUCCGGCUACGACAGCUCCAUCAUGGGCAGCUUCCUGGUCGAGGACUCCUUCCAAAAGAUGUUUGGCGCGGGCGUCAACGGCUUCGCGGCGGGCUACAUCACCGCCGUGUACCAGAUUGCCGGCAUCGCCGCCAUCCCCUUUAUCAGCCUGUGCAGCGACCGGCCCGGCCGCCGCUUCGGCAUCUUCAUCGGCUGCGUGCUGUCAGUCAUUGGUGCGGCGAUCCAGGGCACCUCGGCGGCGACGGGGUCGCUCGGGCAGUUCCUCGCGGGGCGCUUCCUGCUCGGCUUCGGCGCGGUGAUUGCGCAGGCGGCGUCGACGACGUACACGGUCGAGAUUGCGCACCCGGCGUUCCGCGGCCUGCUGGCGGGCGGCCAGAGCAGCAUGCUCAACUUUGGAGGGCUGCUCGCGGCGGCCGUGUCGCUGGCCACGGUCAACAUGCCCGGCAACAGCAACUGGACCAUCCCGACGUGGACGCAAAUCAUCUGCCCCGGCGUGGCGGCCGUGCUGGUGUACUUCCUGCCCGAGUCGCCGCGCUGGCUGUACACGCACGGGAAGCGCGACCAGGCCGUCGCCUUCAUGGCCAGGUACCACGGUGACGGCGACGCCGAGAACCCGUGGGUGCGGCUGCAGCUCGUCGAGUUCGAGGAGCAGCUGGCGCUGGCGGGCCGCGAGUCGUGGUACGACUACCGCGCGCUGUUCGCGACGCGCGCGCGCCGGUACCGCCUGGGCAACAGCCUGAUGAUUGGCGUCUGGGGCGCGCUGUCCAACGGCGGCAUCUCGUACUUUAUCGGCGCCUUCUUCAGCAGCGCGGGCAUCACGGACCCGACGCGCGUGCUGACGCUCAACGUCUGGCAGAACUUUAUGAGCACCAUGGCCAGCUUCAUCGGCUCGCCGCUGAGCGACUUUCUCGGGCGCCGCCGGCUGCUGCUGCCGACGCUCUUCGGCAUGGGUCUGUCUUGGGCGGCCAUGGCGGCGGGCACGUCGGUCGUCGAGGGCGACGCGACCAACGUGGCGGCGGCCAAGGCGGGCAUCGCCUUCUACUUCAUCUUCUCCUUCAUCUACUGCAUCGGUAUCACGCCGCUGCAGGGCGUGUACGCGGUCGAGGUGUUUGCGUACGAGCAGCGCGCCAAGGGCGUCGCGUUCCAGAACCUGGGCGUCAACGCGGCGGGCCUGAUCAACCAGUUUGCGACGCCGGUGGCGCUGCAGAAGAUUGGGUACAAGACAUAUGUCAUCUUCAGCGCGUGGAACUUUGUGGAGCUGGCGAUUUCGUACUUUUACAGCGUCGAGACCAAGGGGUACACCCUCGAGGAGCUGGACGACAUCUUUGAGAGCCCGAACCCGCGAAAGGCGUCGACGCAGAAGCGGCGGGUUGUCACGAUGGUGGAGUAG